AUGAUGACAUCAAUUUGUAGCUUGAAAAAUGGAAGCUUUUAUUUUGUGUAGAAUAUUUCUUUAUUGGAUGAAUUCUUUGUGGAUGCUUUAGGAGGCUUAAAAUCGGUUGUGGGUGAAAAAUUAUAGAUUAAAGUUAACUUAAACCUCCCUAAAAUAUUAAAUGGUUUGAAUAUUGCUAAGACUCAUGGAGAUAUGUGGAUUAAUAAAGGGGAUCAUUAUGAGAUCAACCUUCCAAUAUUGAUUUAAGGAUCAAGAAAAGACUUUGUAUUCGAAUUGGAAUUACCUUAAUUAAUUGCACAAAUCUAAGAUAAUGAAAGAAAUGCUUUGAUUAUGGAAGCUCAACUCUAAAUUACUGAUCCAUUGUCAAAAAAGGACUUGAAAAAGUCUGCAACUCUAAUUUUGACAUUCUUCAAUCAAGAUGAAUAAAUUUACUAAAAUGAAGAAGAUAUAGAAGUACUUGAAUAAUACAAUAGAGUGAUAGUAGCUUAAAUAAUUGAUGAUGCAAGAAAAUAAUGCCAAAAAUAGUAAUUUGAUGUGGCUUAAAAUUAAAUAGACGAAGUCAUUGUACGAUUGCAAUCUAAUUAGCGAAUGGCUUCAUAGGCUCCUUCACUUAUUUAAGAUUUAUAUUAAGCAAAGCAAGCAUCAUAAAGAGGAACCUUCACUUCAUAUGGUUUAGGAUAAAUGAUGCAAUUAAGUAGCAAUAGUUACUAACAACAAGGAGUCAAUUCUAUUUUUUCUUUGGAUGGGAAACAAUAAUAAUAAAACGUAAGGUUUUAAAGUUAUUCUAACAACUUGUAACAGAAUAUGGUCCAAUAACUUUAAUUAAGGAAAACUCAAAAUGGAAAUGGAAGCUGA